CCGCAUUUUUCAGAAGGGCUGCGCACUUCCUGUUUGCUGUCAACACAGUGUUAGUGAUGGCGUUUUUCACUCGAUCACUGCAGGACUUGCCAACAAUAUCUGUUAAUGAUGUCUACAGAAUUAUUCAGACUUUCUCGAAAGCGCCCACAUCUAAAAAGGACAAAGGAUUCAAGCUUUAUGUGUCCAACUACAUAAAUAAGUACGAAGUUUCAAACAAGGAGGCAGGAGAAGUAACAGUUAGGGCUGAGUGUUUCCAGUCAAUGAGGAAAAGCCAGAAGCCCCACUGUUUGAGUAUGGUGCUGAGGGAAUCAAAGCCGGUGGAGUUUCAGGGAUGUCAGUGCACCUGUGUGGCAGGUACAGUCCUGUGCAGCCAUGUGGCAGCUCUGCUUUUCCAGACGGCUCACUACUCCCAGUUGAAGCUUCCAGCUGUUCCUCCAGUCCUAAGCUGCACAGACACCGAACAAAAGUGGCAUAAACCGAGGACAAUGGGCAUAAAACCUGGUCCAGUUAAGGACAUGGUCGUCCUGUCAGCAAAACCAAGAGAGAGGAAAAUCUUUGAAGGAAUUAGAAGCAACUUGUAUAAAGGCACUACCAGCCCUCUGCCACUCAUCUCGACCCUAAGGAUACAGGAUGUGUACCGGGGACUUCCAGCUGAAGAAGCGCCAAUGAUCACCACAAUGGCUGUCUCCAACGAUGUCCCUCUUGUUGACUCUUUGUUUGGUCCAGUACAAGAGGGAAGUGUUCUGUCAUAUCAGCUGCCAGCAAAGGUAGUUACCCAUGUGGGUUCUUGAUACAUCCUGACGCACCAUGGAUGGGGUCAUCACCAGAUGGAAUUAUUUACGAUCCUGAGGAGCAACAAGUGUUUGGCCUUUUAGAAAUAAAAUGCCCAAAUGUGACAAGCUAUGUGGACUGCUCUUACAUAAUGAUUAGGGAUGGUAGGCAGACACUCAAACGUACACACCCAUAUUACUGGCAAAUCCAGGGACAAAUGCUAAUUUCAGGGUGUGACUGGUGUGACUUUGUCAUUUACACAGAAAAUGACAUGUUUAUUGAGAGGGUUCCCCGUGACAUGCAAGUACUGCAAACCAUAAAACAAAAGGUUGACCAUUUCUUUUUUUAUUUUUACCUCAGCACUUGCCUGGCAAAUUAAGGUAACAUAGUCAAAUUUUAACCUUUGCAUAUAUGAUUGAAAAUACUGUUAAUACUUGUGUCAUGUUCCUUCCAUUUAUAUUAUUUUUAAGCAGUUAGAUUUAUGUAUUUCUCUUUAAGGUCAGAUACAAUUUAUUCUGUUUGAAAUUAGCUAUUAGGCUGUUAUAAUCAUACCCUCUUUGUGAACUGUGUUUUUCUGUUUCAACAGUUUGCAUUCACUAGAUG